UAUGACCCUCUAAAAGACCCCAGAUUAUUAGAGGCCAUGAGUUUCUCAUACUUUUCCUUAAAAGUAACACUUUCCCAUUCUUAAGGUGAUCCUUACUGUACUUGAAAUAGAAAGUAUCAACUUUAAAAAAAAUACUAUUUUUCACAUGUCUUUUUCCCCCCAGCUUUACUGAAAUAUAAUUGACCUAUAACUCCUCAUGUUUCUUAAAGAUUGCCUUGCUCUCCAUUUAUUUAGUUCAGUAAAUAUUGGUAUCUGUAUCCCAGGUGCUAUGUCAAGCAGUAGGAUACAGUGGUGAGCAAAACAUGGUUCCUACAGGGAGAAGCAGGCCCAUGAGGAAGACAAUUGGAAUAUAGUAUGUUAAGUGUUACAAAGACACAGGAUGCUAUGGGAGCACAUGGAAGAGGCACCUAAUUCAGUCCAAUAGAUUCUGGGAGGGCACUUUGAAGGAGGGACAGAUUUAAAGAGUGAAUGGGGGUUAGUGAAGAGAAGGUAUUGUGGGCAGGGAGAAGACAGCAUGCACAGGCCAAGAAAGGAAAGAAAGCAUGGCAUGUCUGAGCAAUUAAAAGUAAUUCAGAAUGGGAGUAGGAGAAUGAAGAGAGAAGAAGGAUAAACAGGGUGCAGAUAAAGAAGCUUCCUUUAUUCCAAGAUAGGGAAUUUAGACCUUAUCUUUGGGAUAAUGGGGAUUCAGAAAGCAUAAUAUGUAUGACCUGGGAUACAGAUCAAUUUGCUGCAACAAAGAAACCCAAAAAUAUAGUAAGAGAAAAUGCUUCCGUAAAAUACAAGUCCAAGUUGGUAGUUCGUGAUGAUGGUGGGAUCUCAAGUUUCUUCUCUCCUGCUAUUCCAGUAUCCCUAAGUUGUUGAACUCAUUCACAUACUUGAAAAUCAUUACCAUACUUCCUAGGUCCAUAUCCCAGCUAGCAAGAAAGGGUUCAAAAUAAGAGGAAGACAGCCCUAUUCCUUUUAAAGUCUCUACUUGGAAGUUGUACACAUCAACUCCACUCAUAUUCCAUUCAUUAGAAUUUAGUCACCUGGCGAUACCAACUGCAAGGGAAUCUGGAAAAUAUAAUUUUUAUUCUAGGUGGCUAUGUGCCCCAUUAAAAAUCAGAGAUAACAUGCUCAUAUCUCUGAAUUUUAACCUUAAUUAAAAUUGAAUUUUAAUUCCUCCUGGCUUCAGUAUAAAGAAUUGAUGUGGGGACAAAAAAAAAAGGGGAGAUGCCAAUUAAGAGGCUAUUACUGCAGUCCCUGUAAGAAAUGAUAGUGACAUGAAUUAAGGUAGGCACAGUGGAUGCCUAUGAAGAGCUGUGCAUGGAUUUUAGAAAUACUUAAAAGAAUCAAGAGGACACAGUUGGGGCUGGAUUUCGAAGGGGAUGGAAAGAAAGACCGAAAAGAAAACCUGGAAACAGAUUACUUUGGCAAGCUUGAACAUAAACUCUCAAUCUUACGAAACUUGAACGACCAAGUUCUCUUCAUUAACCAGGGAGAUCAACCUGUGUUUGAGGAUAUGCCUGAUUCUGACUGUACAGAUAAUGCACCCCGGACUGAAUUUAUCAUAUAUAUGUAUAAAGAUAGCCUCACUAGAGGUCUGGCAGUAACCAUCUCUGUGAAUUAUAAGACCAUGUCUACUCUCUCCUGUGAGAACAAAAUUAUUUCCUUUAAGGAAAUGAGUCCUCCUGAGAGUAUCAAUGAUGAAGGAAAUGACAUCAUAUUCUUUCAGAGAAGUGUUCCAGGACAUGAUGAUAAGAUACAAUUUGAGUCUUCAUUGUACAAGGGGUACUUUCUAGCUUGUGAAAAAGAGAAAGAUCUUUUCAAACUCAUUUUGAAAAAAAAGGAUGAAAAUGGGGAUAAGUCCAUAAUGUUCACUGUUCAAAACAAGAAUUAGAUAUUAAAAUUGCAUAAUUUGAA